AUGGGAUUCGCUGUGCGACCGAUCAUAUUGGCGAUGUCCUUGCUGGCUAGUCAUGCUUUCGCGAACAUGUUGCAUGUGAACGUGACUGUUCUGGACGGCCGACAAGUCGUUUCUAAAGAGAAGGUGGCCUCAACACUGGCAGAGCUGCUUCAGUCGGGAAAAAGCUGCACAGCCAAACAAGCCAAGACUCGUGUUCGGGCUGCCAUGGCUGAAGCAUUGAAGGACGUAGCUCCAGCUAGCAAUCCUUUUCAUGCUGCCUUCAUUGGCGUUUUCUAUGCGUGUGAGGUCAGCCGCUUGGCUGGCAUCCCGUGUUCGCCCGAUCGAUUGCCUGGGAUGACAGAAGUGGUCGAUUUAUCGUCGGAGGCUGUUGAAACAGCCAUGGUACCGGUGCAAUCUGAAACAACUGACGGCGUUCUUGUGCCUGCGCCUGACACUGUCGAAGUGCUUGAUGAGGAAGAUGGCGAGGAACAUACUGGUGAUUCUGAGCAGGCUGUUUCGCGGUUUGCGACUUCAAUGUGGAAAGGGGCGAAACGAAGACGAUUGGGCCCAGGCGGACCAGGCGGCCCAGGCCAUUUGGGUGUUGUUGCAGCUGGAGCGAGCCAGCGGCAGCAGUCUUCGCAAGAGGCUUACGAGACACAGCGUGCUGAAUUUGAACAAUUGGGUGUUCCGGUGUUGGUGAACAAGUUGAUGCUGGCCUAUUCCGGGAAAGAGAAAGCUGAGCGGCGUAAUCAGCAGUUGCAGGCCAAGGUCAAGAAUUUGACGAAGAAACUUGCAACCGCCAAGCGUCAAGCUCAGAGCAGCAGAGAACUUGCAAGAAAGACUGCCGAGGAUAAGAAUAUGUUCGAGUUGCAGAAGCUCGGCAAGAAGAGAGAAGGUCGGGCGGGACGCUGGUCGAUGCAGUCUAAGUUUUCCAUGGGGUUACGUUGCUGCCUAUCCACCAUCGCUGCUUGUGACUUUGGCAUGAUGAACAUGGUGGACGUCAGCAAACAAACCGUCCUCAGAGCGGUUUGUAUGACGGGAGCAGCCAUAAUUACUCUCAUGCAGAGUUUUUGCAAAGAGGGUUUGGGCCUGGCGCUUGAGGCAUCAUCCAGCAGCAGCAAUGACUGGGCACUUUUCGGCGCAGGCUUCAGGUCGGACGCCACAAACACAAACAUAUGGCGAUAA